AAAUCAGUUAUCAGCCCGCAGCUGUUAUCAUAGACACGCUAUCAGUCAUGAUAAUUCAGUUGACAUCAGAAAUCCACGGGAAACGGACAUGUGAGACAGUAUGUCGAAGAAAAUAUCCGAACCGAUUAUUCUUCAUGAGAUCAGAGUGGACGGGAAAAAGAAAAGGCACUCGGAGUACGCCUUGCCCCCGAAAGGUGCGUCCCAAGGCCCACGAAAAGUUUCAGGGAGUGAAUUUGUUUAUGUGAAUUCUGCUUAUGUCGGGAGCACUCAAAGCGUUAACCAAAGGCUCCCAGAACCACCAACAAGUGUCAUCCGUGAACAGUAUUGGACAUGUUCGCGGUGGCCACAGACGCAAAGAGUGAUCCUCGCCGCAGCAGGGGGGGUCCUGCUCGGAGCCAUCAUAGGCUUGAUCGUCACAAUGACUUUAAGAGACAAAGAAGACAAUGUCAUCGGAGGAAUAUUCCGGCACUCUACACCUGACUAAAGCUUUAACUCUUAAAUCUUCUCUAGAGAUGAACUGGUGUUUGUGUAAAUAAUGUUUAAUAUUAAGAUAUAGCACGAGUAACUACGAUUAGCUUUAGUGAGCAUUCACAAGUGCUUAUGGGUGGUAACUUAUGAGCAAUAUGUAAAACUUGACAGUUGACUAGGUAGGUGCCAAUAAUUGAAAGACAUAUUGUGAUUACGUGAUUUCUACGUCUUAACUGAAGUUAAGGAUAUUUUGACUGUCGAACAGAUCACGCAAUGAAGAAAAUGGCGUGGCAAUAAUGCACUAUAAUGGAAUAAUUUAAUCCUUGCGUCCGUCAAUUGCCUGUCAAAGUCAACAGUCCAGUAAUUAUCAGUAAAAAAAGAGAAUGUGUUUUGCAUGCGUUCUAAUUCAGGACAUAUAGUGGAACUACAAAAGGUAAAGUUAAUUGUUGAACUAGCAAAAAAAGCCAGCAUGCUUAUUUACAAAUUCAAAGUCCACUGUUGCAUAUAUCUCGUAAAUGUUUCUGCCAGAUUAGAUCAGAUAUUUUGAGUUAUAUAUACAUCAGUGGAAAAUGAUAAGGAUUUGUAUGUACAAAAAAUCUUUCAAUUGUUAUUGUAUAAUACUUUCCACUUCGCUCUCGUAAAUAUUAUUAAAAGUAUUUGAAAAGAAAAUAAGGACAUAGAUAUUAAAAUAUGUAUAUAUACUUUGUUUUCUAGAAUAAUAAACUACAUAUUUAUCAAUGUUUUAAGGUAUUGUUUUUGGAUGUUGUUACCGAUGCACAAACCAGUUUCAAUUCUUUCAUAAAGUCGAGUUUAAGAUUCGGUUUCAUGAUAUUAUUUUCUAAUUGUCUCUAACUGGUCAAUAUAAAUGAUAAAGAUAUUAGAUUUAUCUAAUAUUUUACGAGCUUUAGUGUGAUCCCUCCUCGUAUUUAACUGAGUGGGGUGAGUUGAGGCUAAUCGAAAAUAUAUCAUAAGAUUUUUCUAGCUGUGUACAUAUUUAGGUAAACCUUGCGGCUCUCCCGAUGAUAAGCGCCAAACUGAGUCAUAAAUCGAAUCACAUCGUAAUUGUGCUAUUUUAGAAUAUUUAUAGAAUACAAUUGAGAUUUCGACCCCAGGCCUCAAGACGUACACUCAACCAGGUUUACCCAGAAUUCAUCUAUCCAUAUUUACCAAUAAAUUUUUAUUUAUUUAUUGUUAACAUAGAAAUAGAAAAACAAUCAUAAUUUGCAUUUGUGCUUGAACUAGGUGGUAAAACCUGUAUCUCAAGCAGCAGUGUUCCUCUUACAAACAAUACAACAGCUUUACUUCAAAUAAAUAAAGGAUGUACUCAGAGCAGCCCGUGUUCAUGUAUGUAUAUAAAUUUAGUUUACUUAUGUAAUACAAUAAUGAACAUUGUACAGAAUAGUAUUACUAAUUAGAUUAAUUUUUAAUUAACACAAGUGUCAGACAUUUCUGUUUUAUACAUUCGCAAUGCUGAUAUAAUAAUAAUUGGAAAAUUCACCAGAUAAUAAAAUAAAAUUAAAAUGCUUUAUCUUACUAA